GCCAAAAUGGGAAAUGGGUCGAUGAAGCUGAACCCUCUUAAGCAGGUCAGUGGCUCUGGCAAAUCCAAAAACAAUGGAGAAUCAAGCUCAGUUUCUCAAGUUCUCAGAGUCAGAGUGGAAGAAUUAGAGAAUCAGCUGAAGAAGAAGGAUGAAGACCUGAAUGCCAAGGAGAUUCAGAUCAAACAUCUAGAGGAGCAGCUGGCCCAGCAGAGACAGACCAUCUCAGAGAUCUCUGACACUUUAAGAAACAAGUGUCUCCACCUCAACAAGCUCCAGGAUGCACUGAAGAAUCAAGGCGAGUUAGGUCUCCUGCCAUCACCUAUCAAGGAAAAGGUCAGUCAGUGUCGCACUGGCCUGCUCAGAGAUACCCUCAAUAGGAGGAAAGGAGCAAAAGCUGGAGUUUCUGCAGAACCUUCAUCCAGAAUGUAUGAUUCCAGUGGUGUACCAAAGUUCUACUUUGAGAGUGCACGAGUCUGGAAAGAGCAAAGUGUAAAGAAGCUCCUCACAGAUGCUUUGAAUAAGAACCAGUAUCUGAGAAGACUGGAAGUGCAACAAGUCAAAGACAUGGUGGAAUGCAUGUAUGAGAGAACGUACCAGCAGGGAGAAUACGUCAUUAAACAAGGAGAGCCAGGAAACCACCUGUUUGUGCUUGCAGAUGGCAAGCUAGAUGUCUAUCAGCACAACAAACUGCUCACAUCAAUAGCAGUGUGGAUCACAUUUGGUGAAUUAGCCAUCUUGUACAAUUGCACCAGGACUGCCUCGGUUAAAGCUGCCAGCAAUGUGAAGACAUGGGCCCUCGAUCGAGAAGUCUUUCACAACAUCAUGCGGAUGACUGCCGAGGCUCGACAAGAGCAAUACCGCAACUUCCUGAGGAGUGUUUCACUUCUUGCCAGUCUGCCUGGGGACAAACUAACUAAGAUUGUGGACUGCUUAGAGGUGGAAUAUUAUAAUAAAGGAGACUACAUCAUCCGGGACGGAGAAGAAGGAAACACAUUUUACAUAAUUGCCAACGGAAAGAUUAAAGUCACACAGAGCACACAGGAUCAUGAAGAGCCUCAGAUCAUCAACACCUUGGGGAAAGGGGAUUAUUUCGGAGAGAAGGCCCUCAUCAGCGAUGAUGUCAGGUCUGCGAAUAUAAUCGCAGAUGAGGAUGGCGUGGAAUGCCUCGUCAUUGAUCGAGAAACCUUCAGUCAGACUGUUGGAACUUUUGAUGAGCUUAAAAAGUACCUGCAGAGCUAUGUCGAAAAUUUAGCACGGGACGAUAAGAAAAGAAAUGCUAAGAGGUCAGGAAGCCGCACUCCUCCCACCACACCUGUGUCACAUGAUAUGAUUGAGCUGAAAGAGAGAGAGAGCAACUUUGCAUCCACCAUACCCUUCAGCUGCCUCGAGGUUAUUGCCACGCUGGGAGUUGGAGGCUUUGGCAGAGUUGAAUUGGUGAAGGCGAAGAAUGAGAAUGAGACGUUUGCUCUGAAAUGCAUCAAGAAACGGCACAUUGUGGAUAACAGACAGGAAGAGCACAUUUACUCCGAGAGGAGGAUCUUGCUUGAGACAAACUCUCCUUUCAUUGUCAAAAUGUACCGCACUUUUAAAGACAACAAGUAUGUGUACAUGCUGUUGGAGGCGUGUUUGGGUGGCGAGAUCUGGAGUCUUCUUAGAGACAGGGGGAGUUUUGAUGAGUACACUGCCAAGUUCUGUGUGGGCUGCGUGACAGAGGCCUUCGACUACCUCCACAACAACGGUAUCAUAUACAGAGACCUGAAGCCUGAGAAUCUCAUGCUGGACACAGAUGGAUAUGUCAAGUUGGUGGAUUUUGGCUUUGCUAAGAAGCUCAAGUGUGGCCAGAAGACCUGGACGUUCUGUGGGACUCCAGAGUAUGUUGCGCCUGAAAUCAUUCUCAAUAAAGGUCAUGGUCUCAGUGUGGACUUCUGGUCUCUUGGAAUCCUGAUUUUUGAACUUCUUACAGGAAGCCCCCCCUUUACUGGCUCAGAUCAGAUGAUUAUAUACACAUUCAUUCUGAAAGGAAUUGAGAAGAUGGACUUCCCUAAAAAGAUCACCAAGAGGCCAGGUGACCUUAUUCGAAAGCUGUGCAGACAAAACCCUUCAGAGCGACUGGGAAAUUUGAAGAAUGGAAUAACUGAUAUUAAAAAACACAGAUGGUUUACAGGAUUUAGCUGGAGUGGUAUGAAAUCCAGAAGUCUGAUAUCACCACUUAAAAGAGAGGUGAAGGGACCCACUGACCACAGUUACUUUGACAGUUAUCCUCCUGAAGAAGAAAUCCCUCCAGAUGAAAUGUCGGGUUGGGACACAGACUUCUAACUGACACCCCCCCC